GCAAUUUGUUAAAAAGGAAACGCGUGGGUUUUAUCAGUUUAAGAAUUUGAAGUUAUACCUGAUUAAAAUCGUAAUAGGUAGUCCAGUUCUCCGCCAAGAAAAUCGGAUAACUUCCAGAAUUUUGUAACCUAGUGUGUUUUUUUAAAAAGAAGCAAAUGUUCAUGUAUUAAGAAUAGUAUGUCAAGAGCAGAUUUUUAUGAAGUUUGCUUUGUAGAAGAAAUUGUAUCUAAACGCUAUCCGUCUAAUCCUGCUUCAAAGCUUGUCAGAGUUUUAGGGAAACUGAAAAAUUUCGACCCAGUGACUUCUCUUGGUGAAUUAUCUGAUCCGGAGGCUAAGACAUAUUCAACUUUAGCUGUUAAUUUUGAAAAUAUUUCAGAUACUCCUUUAAUUAGAGGAAUAUUGUAUCAGGUUGUUGGAGAAGUUGCCGAUAAAGGAAGUAAAAUAACUCUUAAUGCAUCGAUAGUUAGAAAUGUGGAUGGGAUUGAUAUGCAGAUGUAUAAAGAAGCCAUUAAUUUAAGACGUCAGUUUCUUUCCAAGUGAAAUCACAGAAUUUUGGAUAGCGGUUUAAAAUUAUUUCUUGAAGAUGUCAAAAUUGAAACAAGCCACUCUUUCAUCUCUCAAGGGUGUAGUAGUUGUAGAAGAUUUUCUCAGACAUAAAAAUGUACUUGAGAGUGAAGAUGAAACGGAAGAUGUUAUUUUGAAGAGCUUAUCAUAUCUGAAAAUGAAGAAACCUGCUAAAGAAGUUUUGUCUUCAACAGGCAUUGGUGUAGUUGUGAAAGCUUUGGAAAACCAUACCAGUGAAAAAAUUUCAAAUGAAGCUAAAAACUUAAGCAAGUUAUGGGUUCUGGAUGGAGAAUGUAAACGUCAACCAACUGUUAAAGUUAGGUAUGAUAAUUUGACUCGUCAUAUACGCAGAACAUCUGUGAAGUUCUUUUUGAAGGAGCUUGGAGAAAAUGAAAAGAAUGAAAAAAUAGCUGAUAUUUUAGAAAGAGAAAUAUUUAAUCAAUCCAACAGGCUAAUCUCAAAAAGUUACAAGAAGACUGUGCGUAAAAUUAUAUUUGUAUUGAGACAUGAUGCUGCUGAAAAUGCAGCACUGAAAAAUGGGAAAGUAACGCCUGUAAGCUUUGCUAUAAAAUAUAGGCGAUGAUUUUUAUACUAAACUUGUUCAAAUCUAGAAUGUUUAGUCUUAAUGAAUUUGUAAAUAGUUCACACUAAUAAAAUAUAAUUUUGUAUUUUAAAUUUAA